UGGCGAGGCCGUGGUGGAGGGAGUUCAGUCGCCAGUGCUAAGAAGUUCAUAUGAGCGAAGUGACAUUAUUUACAGUCACCGAUGAGAGGAUGACGAAAUUCGAAGCCACUAAUCUCACGAACCCGGCGAAUUGGCGACUAUAAAUUGCAGUUUGGACAGACCGAGAGGAGAAAAAAACAGAAGGAAGAGAAAGAAAACAAACGCAAUCCACAACACCGAAGACAGGUUAAAAAACUGACAGGAAAGUUUAUCUUGUGCGUCCGCGGAACAAACACACACAAAGGUCAGUCCGGGGAAACACGAAACUCAGAUAUCGUGGAAAACAAUAAAAGGAAAGAGUGUGAGGGAGGGAAUGAAAAAUUAUGAACAGUGAGUGCGAUACAGAAAUGAAUACCAGGAAAAAGUGAGUAAUGAAUGAAAGUAUCGAGAAGAGAACACUAAAAUCAAGAACGUCAGAUAUUAUGACUGUAAAAUAGAAAACGAUAAGACUUAGUAAGGUACGAACAACAAAGAGAAAGAGAGGGGGAGGGAUAAAAAACACACACAAAAAAAAACAGGAAAUCAACCUACAUCAACAUCAACCAACACAUCCAUCUCUCCUCCUUUUCACUGUGUAAUGAAAACGAACUAACACAUAACAUUGCAAACACAAUAAACCUGACAGGAGGAGAGUGAGGAGGGUACAAAGGAACGAAGACCCAGUGCGUGAUUGUUUAAAACUUUUCACUACUUUCAUAUCGUCCCAUCCCAGCCUGAACCCCAGAACCACAGCCCAUCACUGCAAGAACCCAAUGGCAGCAACCCUUCCCUUACAGUAACAAGUCAAGCCCACUCCGGUCUUACCUCAAAGCCUACUGCAAACCGUACUAAAAAUCCUCUCCAGCUAUGAAACCAAGCUCACUCAUGUUGUAAAACGAGGCCCACUCCAUCAAGCCCACUCAACCAAACGCCAGACCCUCAGGCAGCCCACUCAAGCCGUGACCGCUCACCCAGCAACCCCCCGCAUAGCAGUCUCACACCCAGCCGCCUCCCACUCCGCCCAGUUACUCCCAGAGCAUCAUGGUGUGGGUACGAGCGUGGGUGUGGGUGUGCGGGUUCUUUGCCACCCUCACGCUGCUUCCACCCACAUGCGGAGACCCUCGAGCACUGCCGCAGAGAGGUGAAGGCGUCUUGGAACGGGCGCCCCCUUCCCGCCCGGCGCCAAUGUGGGACCAGCCUCGUCUCAAGCCCUUCUUCGAGAACACGACGAGAACGCGGGUGGUGGGAGCGGCGGGCAGGACCGUCUACCUCCACUGCCGCGUAGGCCACCUCGGAGAUAGAGCCGUAACUUGGAUCAGACGGAAGGGGGCUCACGUGCUGACCGUCGGGCUCUUCACCUACACGACUGACAACCGGUUCACCGCCGUCCACUCCGAGGGCAGCAACGACUGGACUCUACGCAUCGACUUGGCUCAGCGCGCAGAUUCAGGUGUCUACGAGUGCCAAGUGUCUACCGACCCCAAGAUGUCCCAGCCAUUCCACCUGCAAGUCGUGGAGGCGGCAGCAGAGGUGGCGGGCCCAAGGGAACUCCACAUGGUGAGCGGCAGCAACAUCAACCUGACGUGCAAGGUGACUGGCAGCCCCGAACCGCCGCAAUACAUCUACUGGUACCGCGGCGCCACGCUCAUCAACUACAGCUCCCGCGGAGGCAUCAGCGUGGUCACCGACAAACUCUCCCGCACCUCCCGCCUCAUCCUCACCCGCGCCACCACGGCUGACUCGGGCAACUACACGUGCGCUCCCGCUAACGCCGAGCCCGCCUCAGUUAGCGUCUACAUCCUCACAGGGGAGCAGCCGGCAGCCAUGCAGGGGGGUGAGAGCGCCGGCGUGCACUGCCCAGCCCGCCUCACGCAACUCCUGCUGGCGAUAACCGUGGCCAACUUCCACCACCUCGCCAGGAGAUAGUGACAAGAGCCUUCCACUUGCAUCCUCGUCCUCACCAACCCCACUACUACUAACGCUUCUACGAGUACCAUAUCCUCCACUCCAUCCCUGCAGCAUCCCUUCCUUAAUCUAAUUACAUCCCUUGCCAGAGCACCCACUCUCCCUUCCCCUUCCCCUUCCGCGUGUUUCUAAGUGUGCUAAGUGUAUUGUAAGGUUCUAUUGAGGUUUUUGUGCAAGAUGUGGUGUGGUGGGGGUGAGUGUUACCUGGGAUUUGGGACACCUGUUGGAUAUUGGCUGAGAAAGGGAGUCAGGUGAAGGAGAUGGUCUCAGUGGAGUGUUUUUGGCUAUUAUGGAGAGA